GAUCCCUGCGGUUCAGCCAGCAAGAAAACCGGGUGUGACGUGGAGGAACCGAAGGAGUCCGGCAGAGGCAGUGGCCAGGAAGGCAGGUCCGACACCUUGAAGUUAAAAGCCCAGCAUGAGGAGCGGCAGGAAGCGCAGGGAGCGGGGUCCUCCCUUUUGGUGCAGAAGGCCAGCCUCCACCACACAGGUUCCCCCGUGAGAGGGCAGCGCAGCAAAGGGGCAGCUACCUGUUCCCAUGCGGCUGCAUCCAAUUAUGAGCUCUCCCUUGACUUAAAGAAUAAACAGAUCGAAAUGCUAGAGCACAAAUAUGGGGGCCACUUGGUCUCUCGGAGAGCAGCCUGCACGAUUCAGACUGCCUUCCGCCAGUACCAGCUCAGCAAAAACUUUGAGAAGAUCCGGAACUCUCUACUGGAGAGCCGCAUGCCCCGGCGGAUUUCCUUGAGGAAACUCCGAGUCCAGAACUCUGAAAAUUUCUCUGCUGAGAAAGCUCUAGUGGAAGGCUAUAACUUUGUUGGCAUCCCCUUGGUAAGAUCUCCCUCUUUGCCAGUAACUAUUAGCGGGGCACUGACCGAACUGGAAGAUUCCUUCACCGAGCAAGUUCAAUCUCUGGCCAAAUCGAUUGACGACGCGCUGAGCACGUGGAGCCUGAAAACGAUGUGCUCCCUUCAAGACGGCAGCUCCUAUCAGAUAAGAGAGACCUUCAGCACGAGCGCCAUGCAACCAAACCAAGACUUGGACAUGGAACUGAAGGAGCAAGAGGAGGAGGAAGGGCUGCUACCAGACACAUUACCAAAGAGCAGCAGCACGCUCAUGAUGGCCUUCAGGGACGUCACUGUCCAAAUAGACAACAAGAAUAUCUCGGUCUCCUCAUCUACCUCGGUGUCGAUGGCAAACUGCCUGGCUAACAGUAGCCAGGCUGGAAUUUCUCCAGCUGCCACAAUCGAAGAAAUCCCAGUGGAAGGCGGGGAGAAAGAGGAUAAGGAGCUUCAAGUGGUUUCGGAAGGACAGCCUGAUGCUGGAGCCCUCCAAAAUAGUCACCCAAUCACCGAGGGGAACCUCAACACCAACGGUUUGGAGAAAGGGGAGGCUGAGCAAGACCAAAUGCCGAUGCCGAAACUUGACUUUGACUCUGAAAACGGGACUGGGCAACACAAGGGAUCAGAAGCUGAAAAUGUAGACAAUUUGGAACAACUGAGCAGCAGCAGCACGUCCACCUCCGCGAAGUCUGCUUCAGAGUUAUCCUCUAAGGAAGCCCUGCAAGCUAUGAUUUUGAGCCUGCCACGGUACCACUGCGAGAAUCCAGCCGUCUGCAAAUCCCCCACGCUCUCUACGGACACCAUGAGGAAACGGCUGUACCGCAUUGGGCUGAAUCUCUUCAACAUAAAUCCAGACAAGGGGAUCCAGUUCCUGAUCUCCCGAGGCUUCAUCCCUGAUACACCAAUUGGCGUGGCCCAUUUCCUGCUGCAGCGUAAGGGGCUCAGCCGGCAAAUGAUCGGGGAGUUUCUGGGAAACAGCAAGAAACAAUUCAACAGAGAUGUCCUGGAGUAA